CCGCCCGUCUAAGCAAAUACUGGAUACGCCGUUCAACAAAUGAAGCUUACGUUACGUUAACUCGCUGCUUCGUUUGGCACUUUCUCAUCGUUUGCAUCAGUUCUUGUUCCUGUGACUUCACUGUUUAAAUAAUAAGAAAGAUGUCUUCUGCACAGACAUUUUCAGGUCACAACCCAAACCAACACAAACGUGUGUCUUCAAAGUCUAAUCCUGGAUUUCUUGAGCGAUUGGGUGAAACUGCAGGAGGAACCGUUCUGGGUGUCGGACUGUUCUUUCUUUCUAUUUAUGUUCUCUUUACUAAUGAGGGCCGAGCACUGCAGACGGCGUCCUCUCUGGACGAAGGUCUCUCUCAGGUCGUCUCCUUGGGACCUUACAUCAGUCUGGAGCCACAGAACGACAACCGUUUAGUUCACCUGUCAGCUCAGCUGCACACGACAGAGCCGUUGUAUGACCCCAACUACAGAGUGGUGGUUCAGGCCGUGAAGCUGAAGAGGCAGGUGGAGAUGUACCAGUGGGUGGAGUACCAGGAGAGCAAAGAUUACCAAGAAAAUGGAGAAACCAAAACCGAGACCACCUACAGUUACCACACUGAGUGGAAAUCUGAGUUGGUCAACAGUCGAAACUUUGACAAAGAAAUCGGCCACCAGAACCCGAGUGCAAUGGCAGUUGAGAGUGUGACGGUCGCGGCUCCUGCAGUGAAAGUCGGGCCGUUCAUCCUUUCCAAAGGUCUGGUGGAGCAAAUCAACAACUUUCAGACUCUGAGUUUGAAGGACUACGCUGCACUCAACUUGGAUUCCUUUCUCUCUAUUGAUGACGAUUAUUUUUAUCACAACCAAAACCCGCGCAGACCAGAGGUCGGAGACGUGCGUGUGAGAUUUUCCUACGCAGGAGUGAGUGGUGAGGCGUCUCAUCUGGGCCCGGCUCAGACUGUCAGUAUUGUGGCCAUGCAGAGAGGGGAGCAGCUGGUGCCUUUUAAGACCAGGUCAGGAGACACUCUGGAGAUCCUGUACCUGGAGGAGCUUUCUGCAGAGGAAGUGUUUGCUAAACAGCACCAGCAAAACAGCAUGAAGACCUGGGGUCUCAGGGCUGCAGGAUGGGCUCUCAUGUUCCUCAGUAUCCAGUUGACCAUGCGUAUCAUCUACACUCUGGUGGACUGGGUCCCAGUUCUGAGAGAAGUGGUGUCUGUCGGGAUCAAGAUCUUCGCCCUGUGCAUCUCCACCUCUCUGUCUCUCCUCGUCAUCGGAGCAGGUUGGCUGUUUUAUCGGCCGCUGGUAGCAGCCGCUCUCGGAGCACUGGCUCUGGUGCCAGUGUUUCUCGCCCGCUCAGGACUUCCAGCCAAAAAGAAUGAAUGACUUUGGAACUGAAAACAGUCAAGAUUAAAAAUAUAAUAGGAUUUUUUUUUUUGGUCCUUUGGUUUAUUUUUCUACUUCUACUGCCACCACUGUGCUGAUGUGAAACACGUUUGUUCUCUGAAGCAGCGUUCUCACUGGGUUUUACCAAUUUUGAGGUACGGUAAGUAUUGAUGCUCCACCAACCAACGCAGUGUUUGACUGUUAAAAAAGUGGUUUUGUGUUAAUUACGUUUGUCUGCAGCUCACAAAUAAGUUCAUUUAGUAAAGUACAAGUAUUUCAGUUUGACAAAGUUGACAAACUUCUUCCAUUUUUCCGUGUUUGCUGUCACGUUCUUUUUGAGUGAAUCCAGUGAGUGUCGAAUAAAGCACUUGAUUCUAUCCAAACUAAACAUCCUCAAAGGCAUAUUUGUUUUGUAUUUAAAGGCCAACCAAGUUCCAACAAUAAACGGCUAAAUAAAACAACAAAAAGAUUAACAUUUUAUGACUGUUGCAACAAUCUAAUCUUGAUUGUUAUUCUCUUUUUUUUAACAGUUCUCUGAUACGACCUAAUUAAUUAGCCACGAAUUAAGAAAAGUUUCAGACUGAUUAAAAAUGAACAACUAAUCAAGAUUCUUACAAAGAAAUUUAUUACACAAAACACUAAGUUUCCUUUUGCUCUUUAACAAAAUGAGUUUCCAGUCUUAUAAUGUGCCGGUGAUCGUAUCGCACGUUGGUUUUGUAUUUGAAGCGCACAAACAAAAUUAACUUCAAUGUGUGCAUUCGUUUCUUUUCUUUUGGAGUAAUAACGGGACAACGGGUCACAGUGUGCAGGUACUUC